AUGAAGAAGGGGAGGAAGAUGAAGAAGGGGAGGAAGAUGAAGAAGAAGAUGAGGAAGAUGAAGAAGAAGAUGAGGAAGAUGAAGAAGAAGAUGAGGAAGAUGAAGAAGAAGAUGAGGAAGAUGAAGAAGAAGAGGAAGAUGAGGAAGAAGAGGAAGAUGAAGAAGAAGAAGAUGAAGAAGAAGAGGAAGAUGAAGAAGAAGAUGAAGAAGGGGAGGAAGAUGAAGAAGAAGAUGAAGAAGGGGAGGAAGAUGAAGAAGAAGAUGAAGAAGGGGAGGAAGAUGAAGAAGAAGAUGAAGAAGGGGAGGAAGAUGAAGAAGAAGAUGAAGAAGAAGAUGAAGAAGGGGAGGAAGAUGAAGAAGAAGAUGAAGAAGGGGAGGAAGAUGAAGAAGGGGAGGAAGAUGAAGAAGAAGAUGAAGAAGGGGAGGAAGAUGAAGAAGAAGAUGAAGAAGGGGAGGAAGAUGAAGAAGAAGAUGAAGAAGGGGAGGAAGAUGAAGAAGAAGAUGAAGAAGGGGAGGAAGAUGAAGAAGAAGAUGAAGAAGGGGAGGAAGAUGAAGAAGGGGAGGAAGAUGAAGAAGGAGAGGAAGAGAAAGAGGAGGAGGGAGAGAAAGAGGAGGAGGGAGACGGUCGAAAGACCCCUGUCAUUUUUGAAGCUCCAGAGGGAAAGAAACGGAGUAGAGGAAGGGAAAUUUGGCAUGGAAAACCGAACCGAUGCGCAAUAUAAUAAUCAGAAAUGGGUGAAGAUUUAA